ACAAGCAUUAAACUUUUCUAAUAUCUGUUUAGUUUGAAGUUAAACCAUUUUCGAGUGCUUCUGCGAUGUCUAAUUUGAAGGGAGACCACAUUUCUUCUGUUUCUUCCAUACCAUCUAAUGCUCUCAAUCAUUGGGAUGAUGAUUUUGUGCAAUCUAUCGAAGCAUCAAACGCGGGAUCUGAAUACCGCGAACGUGUGGAAACACUGGUGAAAGAAGUGAAAAUGUUCUUAAAACAAAUGCAAACUGGAGAUUGCGAUCUGAUCGAGCGGCUUGAGAUGAUUGAUGCAUUGCAAUGCCUCGGAAUAGAUCGAUAUUUUCAGGCUGAGAUAAAAGAAGCUCUUGAUUACGUUUACCGAGCUUGGGAUGGAAGUGUGGGGAUAGGAUUGGGAUGUGAAAGUUGUAGACCGAAUCUGAAUGCCACAGCUUUAGGACUCAGACUUCUUCGACUACAUUGUUAUGAUGUCUCAGCAGAUACAUUGAAGAAUUUCAAGGACAAUAACGGGCAGUUCACUUUUUAUGGAGAGAACAAUGAUAACGAUGAAAAUAAUAUUAAGGAAGAGGAUGUGAUGAGAAGUAUGCUCAAUCUUUUAAGAGUUUCCGGUUUAGCAUUUUCUGGAGAAAUUGUUAUGGAAGAGGCCAAAGCCUUUAGCGCUGUAUAUCUAAAAAACUUAUUAGAAAAUUCUGGAGAUACAUAUAAGAGAAGUUUUCUGAAAGAGGUGGAGUAUGCUCUCAUAUAUGAAUGGUCUCGUACCUUUAUUAGAUGGGAGGCACCAAAUUUCAUACAAAUAUAUGAGUUAGACAAGCAAAGGUUGAAAGACAAAAGAAUUUUAGAGCUGGCAAAAUUGGAUUUUAACAUACUGCAAUUUCAGUACAAGUUAGAGAUGAAAGAACUCUCAAGUUGGUGGGAGAAUUCUGGCAUCUCCAAGCUAGUUGCAACAAGGGAGCGAACAAUGGAAUAUUUGCUUUGGGCAGUUUGUUCAACAGAUAAAUUGGAGCUUUCUAGAAGUAGAAUUGCUAUGACAAAAAUCACAUGUGUUGUCACACUCUUGGAUGAUAUUUUUGAUGAUUAUGCAACACUUGAGCAACUCAAAUGUAUUACAGAUGCCAUUUCUCAAGGUUGGGAUAUUUCUAUUAUUAAAGACAUUCCAAACAACCUCAAGACAUGCAUUGAAUUUGUUUUCAAAACAGUUCAUGAAUUAACAAGUGAUGCUACUAAAAAGCAAGGACGUGACAUGAUGCCUUUUGUUACAAAAGCAUGGGCAGAUUAUAUAGAAGCUUGCUUUGAGGAAGCACGAUGGAAAACAACUGGAUAUUUUCCCACCUAUAAUGAGUACAUAAAGUUUGCAGAAAAAUGUGUAUCAUUUGGACCAAUAUUGGUACAUACUUGCUUGUUAGCAUCUCACAUUUUGUGUGAUGAUGAUAUCGAGAAGAUAUACCUUGAUACUUCUAGAUUCUAUCAUAUCAUGCGAGUGUGUAUGCGGUUAACUGAUGAUAUGCAUGAUUUUGAGGAUGAGAGGCUCCAUGGGAAAAUCGCCUCAGCUAUUUCUUGCUAUAUGGGUGAUAAUCAAAAUUGUUCAGAAAAAGAGGCAAUAAAUCACAUCACCAAACUCAAGAAUAAGUUAUUGAAGGAAUUGACAAGAGAAUUGUUCAAACCAAAUAAUGUUUUGUUGAAUUGGGAGAAUAUAUGCAUCAAUAGUACCAGAGGAGUAGAAUUCUUUUAUAUAUUUGGAGAUGGUUUUACACAUUGUGACAAGGAGGUCAAGCAUCAAAUAUUUAAAGUUUUUGUUGACCCAGUAGAAAUCUAAAAAGAAAAGAGUUUUCAUUACCUGAAAAUGAAAUUAUCUCUUUAAUGUAGACUUUUAGUAAGUCACAAAACUUUGAUGAUACUUCUGCUUUUGUUUUUUUGUGAUGAUUUCUUUCUUACUAUAAUUAAUCUAUGCUUAUUUAGCUUUAAUUGCAACAUUUCAUUU